AUGGGAAAGGUUCAUGGAGGACUUACAAGAGCUGGAAAAGUCAGAAAUUCAACAAAGAAGGUUGAUAAGAUAGAUAACGGAAAGAAGAAAUUUCCAAGUGGGAGGGGAUAUAUUCGAUACCUCUACAAUAAGAGAAUUGAGAUGAUUGAUGGAAAGGUGAAGAAUUAUAAAUUCAAUCCUCAAAAUUAA